UACACUCGGCACUGAGGCUUACAGCUGGCACAGGGACGGACACUGCGGAGUAUAUACAGCUUAUAUUACACACUGUCAAUCAGACCGGGUGAAUUAGACGCUGUCAAUCAGACCGUGUGAAUUAGACAGUGUGAAUUAGACCGUGUGAAUUGGACAGUGUGAAUUGGACAGUGAGUAUUAUUCGGUGUUUGUUAGAAUUAGCGACACGGAAAACUUUACAGAACUUUCCUGAAGCUGACUGGCAGCUGAUUAAGACGUGUUUUCAGGAACAAACUGCACAUUUCUGGAAUAAUAAACCCGUUAUUCAGUGUGUGAUGAUGUCAUCGCCGGUGUUGGCGACAUUGUGUAGAGGUGGUGUUGAGGGUGGUGUUGGUGGAUCUGCUCGGCGGUGUUUGUUCGGUUCAGUGGAUCAUGAGGAGCUGCAGCGUGACUACACACUGCUGAUGAGGGCGGAGCUUCAGGACGCUUCACGCCGCUGGAACUUUGACUUCAUUGCCAACAAACCACAGGUGGGAGGAGACAUCGAGUGGGUGGCGCUUCCUGAGGCUCGAGUUCCUUCUCUUUACCAUGAUUGCACAGUAGGGCCAGUUCCUCGACCAAAAGGGGCGGGACCAGCGUCCGAUCUCGGGGAGGAGGACGUUCCUAAAACACCUGAGCGAUGUGAAGGUGCAGAGAAACACACACUGAAGAGGAAACAGACCAACAUCACAGAUUUCUAUCAGGCCAAGAGGCGAGUCGUCACCACCAGGAAGUCAGGCCAGUGACCUGAGGACACACACACACACACACACACACACACACACACACACACACACACACACACACACACACACACUCUCUACACUCAGGACUGUCUGAAGAACUUCUGGACAAACCCUCUCACCCCCCGCUACCCGAAUAACAGUGAAUAAUUAUUUUAUUUUAUUUUAUUUUAUUUUAUUGUAAUGUUUAUUUUAUGAUGUUAUUUGUGUUGUUUUAGGAGAAAGUGUGAACACUUCAUCACAUAUUGUGCAAUUCCUGUUAACCUGGAUAUAAAUAUUCCUGCUCACCACCGCACACAAGCGCACACACACACACACACACACACACACACACUAAUCUACACUAAACCUACAGAUAAUCUGAGUGUCAGUGAUGUGUUUAUAACUGUGUGUCCUGUAUAGGAUUAUAUUAGGGUUAAUGCUGUUGGAAUAUUAAACAUCUGUCCAUGUAUCAGAGUGUGUUAUAAACACUGUGUGUGUGUGUGUGUGUGUGUGUGCGCGCAGAUACAGAGUAUUGCCUUUAUUUAUUUAUUACACAAUGAUCAUUAUCUUGGAUUAAAUGUGUAGAAAAAUAAAACAUAAAAAACA